GAGGCUCCUUUUGAGCAUUCGGAGAACACGUUAAAUGGCACAGGCUAGCAAGUGCACGUCAUUACGUCAUUGCGUGAUUGAAAGGUGUGCUUUCGGUGCUGCGCGCACAGGAGUGUGGGUGAUUUCAGCGCGUGAAGAGCGCGAAGGAUACAAAUUUGCAUCCUUUCCUGUAUAUGGGAUAUUUCUCGAACGAAGGACUCAGUCCUUGGCUGAAAUUUCGAGGAUCCUCGACAUUGGAAGAGUCCUUCGACGGACGUCGAUGACGUAGCAUCCUCGAAAUUCUAGCUUCCGAGGAUCCUUCCUUGACAUUGAGAAACGGCUACUGCCUACUGUUUAACCCUGCCCAAAUAAUCCUGAACUGUUUAACGAUAUAGCUCUGCAAUUCAGUACUACAGUACAGUAUUUGGCGUUUUUCAUCAAUACAUUUCUAACAUUUAUAAUUUGUAUAAAAACAAUGUUCAAGAUUUACUUUAUCGUGGUAUUUUAUAAAGGACAUCAGUUCAAAUUCAGAAAACGUAUAAAGCAAAGUUAUUUCACAAUUAUUUUUCACAAAGUAGCAAAACAGUUUUACGCGUGAUUCAUCUGUUAUUGUCUGGGUUUAUUUAUUAAUCGAAUAAAUUUUAAUAUAUCAAAUUAUACAUGUUUCAUACGGUAACGAAAAUGUGUCCAGGAACCUUUGUCGUUCUGCUGUUGUUUCAGGUGGAACACAGUUUCUGGUAACAUCCACUUUACAUGAAUGGAAAGGGAAGUGAUAGAGCACAAGUAGUGUAUCUCUGCAGAUCGUACAUAAAUAUAGAUUUAUUUAGCAAAUGUAUGUCGUAAGGGUUCAAGUAUUUUAAUAGUUCGGAAUAGCUAAGAAGAUUGCGGUUCUGUUGCAGUUUGCGAGCAGACUUCGUAAUUACUGGAUUGCUCUGGGGGGUACUUAACGGUGCCAAAUAAAUAGAUAUCAGACCGUAAUAAUGUUGCAGACAAUUUUUGCAUUACCAAUUGAAGACAAGAUCUUCUACGCUGUCCUGGUCUUUUCAUGGACUGUGUAUAUUUGGGAGGCCUACCUCGCCUACAGACAGAGGAAAAUCUACAGGACUACAAUGCAUGUGCCCACUGAGCUGGGUAAGAUAAUGGAUUCAGAGACCUUUGAAAAGUCUCGUCUCUAUCAACUGGACAAAAGCAACUUUGGUUUCUGGUCUGGACUGUACUCUGAGACAGAGGGGACGCUGAUACUUCUCCUGGGAGGAAUCCCAUUCCUUUGGAAAGUGUCAGGAAAUUUCACAGCUCAUUUUGGCUUUGGUCCUGAGUAUGAGAUUUCCCAGUCUUUGAUGUUCUUGAUGUUAGCAACUCUCUUUAGUGCUUUCACUGGCCUUCCCUGGAGCCUUUAUAACACUUUUGUUAUUGAGGAAAAGCAUGGAUUCAACCAGCAGACAUUGAGUUUCUUUUUGAAAGAUGCUGUGAAGAAGUUUGCUGUGACUCAGUGUAUAUUGCUGCCAGUUACAUCAUUACUGCUCUAUAUCAUCAAGAUUGGCGGCGAUUAUUUCUUCAUCUAUGCCUGGCUCUUCACUCUUGUUGUCUCUUUGAUCCUUGUGACUAUCUAUGCAGACUACAUUGCCCCUCUGUUUGAUAAGUUCACACCACUGCCGGAUGGAGAGUUGAAGAGUGAGAUUGAGAGCAUGUCAAAGUCCAUCAAUUUUCCUCUCACCAAGGUCUAUGUAGUGGAAGGCUCAAAGCGAUCUUCUCACAGUAAUGCUUACUUCUAUGGUUUUUUCAAAAACAAGCGCAUUGUUCUAUUUGAUACGCUUUUGGAGGAUUAUUCACCUUUAAACCAAACUGGAGGGACAGAGUCGGGGACUGGAGAAGAGAGUGAUGUGGCUGGGAAUGAGAGCAAGUCCAAACCAAAGAACAAGAAACAGGGCUGCAGUAACCCUGAGGUUUUGGCAGUUCUUGGACAUGAACUGGGGCAUUGGAAACUGGGCCACACCGUCAAGAACAUUGUUAUCAGUCAGAUGAACUCUUUUCUCUGCUUUUUCCUUUUUGCUGUUCUGAUUGGUCGAAAAGAGCUCUUCAUGGCGUUUGGUUUCCAUGACUGCCAACCCACCCUUAUUGGACUGAUGAUCAUCUUUCAGUUUAUCUUUUCACCUUACAAUGAGUUACUGUCGUUCUGUCUGACGGUAUUGAGUCGGAGGUUUGAGUUUCAGGCAGAUGCAUUUGCACGCAACAUGGGCAGAUCAUCUGAGCUCUACUCUGCCCUAAUUAAGCUCAAUAAAGACAACCUGGGCUUCCCUGUAGCAGACUGGCUCUUCUCUAUGUGGCAUUACUCCCAUCCUCCACUGCUGGAGCGACUCAGAGCCCUAACAGGACCCAAACAAGACUGACAACUUCGUAAGGGGGAGCCUCGUUCACCACUCGCUCCCCCAAAAAAGGGUCUCCGCCGGCCUCUGUUGGCCCUUUGAAAGGGAGGCCUGUUUCUCUCUCUUACUUCUUGUCUUCAAUGACAGUCUGCCUAAUAUUUUUCUUUCUCUUCCCAAGUGUUUGGUUUUGUCAUUUGUUUGUAAUCAGGCAGAAAGGAAACCUCAUCAGUAAACUGAUCAUUUGCAAGAUUUUUCUAAAUGUGUGUGAUUAGUAUGCCUUUUGCUCUUAAUCAAUAUUCAUUUGUUCUUGGUUGUUUUAAAUCCGUAUAUACACUUUACUGUGUAUCCUCCCUUCCAACUAUUUGUUGUUUUGAUCCAUGCAUUUAUCCUUUUUUAUUUAGUGUCAUCCAAUGUUUGAUCCACUUUGAAUCGUGAGAGAGAACAAUCUUAAAUAAUGACAGAUGAUGUGUAUCCAGUGAGACCACUAUUUUGAUACAGAUCACAAAACAACACACUUGGAAGAUAAUUUUUCAUUUGAUUUCAUUUGUUUUUAUGGAUCUGUAAGGCCAAUUAAAUGUUUUUUCCUUUUUUGACUACAUUCUGAAAUUGUUUUUUUUUUACAUUAGUAAUUGGUUUGAAAAUGUGUAAAUAUGUUAAUUCUUUGGGAAAGUUGUGCAUAGGCAAGAGUUGACAAAGUAUUUAAAAACAUAUUUAAUUAUUUAGGUCAUUUUCUCUCUUUACCUGUGCAUAUGCAAGAUGUGCUGGAGUAUUGCAAUGAGUGUGUGAUUGAGAACAUUUUUUUUUUUAUUUCAAGUCUAAACCCUAAAUAGAUAAAAAGUUUGCUGGUGGCAUAUAA